UGUCCAGAUAUGGUAAGAUACACAAGGGAGAUUCCACCAGCUCAUUACUCAUUCAAAAUAGAAGGAUUCUCCUUACUGUCGGAUACCAAGGUUGAAAAAAUUGAAUCUGGUAUUUUUGAAGCUGGUGGCUAUAAAGAGGAAGGUUCUCUACCAAAUGGAAACCCAAAAAGCAAUGGCAAAGACUUUAUUUCUCUCUAUUUAGCCAUUGAAGAAACAAAAUCAUUGCCUCAACGAUGGGAAGUUAAUGCUGAUGAGUUCAAAUUAUUUGUAUUUGACCAGAAAGAGAACAACUACUUGACAGUCCAAGAUUCUGGUGACGAAAGAAUAAAACGUUUUCAGGAAAUGAAGACCGAAUGGGGAUUCUCCAAGUUAAUUUCUGGAAACUUUGAAAGAUACAAACUUUCCAUGAUUAAAAAUCCGGACCGUUCUACUCUUACUUGGAACCUGGAGAAAUUCUCUACACUCAAAGAGACUAGUUAUCUCUCUAAACCCUUCACUGUUGGAGGAAGAAAAUGGUACGGUUUAUCCAGAAGUACGGCUAGUGACCUGCAUGAAAAAUCCAAGGGAUUCGUUAUGAACGAUACUUUGAUAGUUGAGGCUAAAAUUACCCUCAUUUCUGUGACUAAAUUGUCCCAUUAG